AUGGACAACCGUGCUGGUAGCGACGACGACGACGUUUCGCGCAUCGACUUCGCAUCGCAAGAGCACGCUAUGACCGGAGCUGCUGCCAAAGCAGAGGCAUCUGAGGACUCGACCCCAGAAUUCCAGGAUGCACCCCACAGUCACGAGCAGCACCAUGACGAGCCUGGACUGCUGAGGCAUUCUGAUGCGAACGGAGAUGAUGCAGAAGCACUCGGCACCAUUUCGAAUGGCACAGUCAGCAACAGCCAGCGUGGCCACGGUGGCGAUGACCAGGCCUACCUCCAACGACCACUCGGCCCAACGAGAACGCCGUCUAGCACAUAUAACCCCUCGACUUCUCGAAGGCCACGGCCGCCACAGACGGUGCCAUCAUACGAUGGCACAGUCCGAUCCUCUUCCGCAACGCGCCCGUGGCCGAGUGAUAGUAGAUUUCGGGCCCAGGAACGAGCCUAUGUGCAGAAGUUACGGCAAGAAUAUGAUGGCGAAUAUUUCAAUCACUACGAUGAUAUCGGGAAUGACUCGGACUCGGAUGGAGAGACUCCCUCUACUGAAAGCCCUUUCGAUGAUCGGCUUGACCAAGAAACAAUCAUGUUCUACGGAAACGACAACGUACUACCUACCGAAGACGAAUUAAAGGACCCCGAGAGUCGAGAAAGACUCGAGUGGCAUGGCAUGCUCGAGGCUGUUCUGACUGGCGAUGUGGUGCGGCAAGAGAAAAAGAGACUGAUUGGCUCCUCCGAGCAAGCUGUUGGAAAGACUGGCCACAAAACAGAACUCUGGCUUGGCGUACGCAGCAAGGUGUGCGGUAGACAUAUUCCAGUGCAGAAACGCAUUGUUGAGGAGGCGCGCGCCGCUUUAGAUCGGACCCUCGACGAGAUUAUCAACUUCAAAGUCAAGGGUGAAAGCGAGGCAGGAAAGAAUCCUUAUGAGCAGGUCCGCGACAUUGUCGCCUCCAUCGAAAAGUGCGAAAGCCUUUAUCCUUCUUGGCAGUCCCUCGUCGCCGAACACCCAACGGCAGGCUCACCACAUUUCAGCGAAGCUUACGAAGCAAUCAUGUCUUGGUACAAUACCAAUGAAAUGAUCAACACUGAACUGUUUAUCCUCAAAAAGUGGGUUGGCAACGACGAACUCGACUUUUCUCGCACCAAACAGCGAUCACCAGCUGUGGACGGCAUCGCACCCGACGAAGCUUCUUUCCUGGAUCGACUCAUGAAGGAAGACGGUCUGCAGUCAUUGCAUGACGAGGAGGACGAAGAGUCUCCCAAGGGCAUGCUGCCACCCAUUGCAAAAGUCAUUCUCAAGGCCAAGGAGACCUUUAUUCUCAACUCUGGACCGUUCCAGAAACGGCAUUUGCCGCCCUAUUUGGAUGAACUUUUGACGCUCAUCAGCUUCCCAUCUAGACUCAUCGAAGAGAUUACGCGAAUCCGUCUUGCUUACGCUAGGAGAGUUAAGGAGACCGCCCAGCAGAAUCCACUGAUGCAGGAUCAGAUGAUCUCACAAUUCCAAAUGCUGCUCAAAGCAGCUAUCCGAAUUAAAAAGCAAUAUCUGCAGAUAGAGAAGCCAGAGCCGGGAUGGGACCUCCCUCCAUGCAUUGAUGAAUCAUUUGAUCAAGUCGUGCUGGAGGCGUUGAAGUACUAUUUCAAAAUGCUCAACUGGAAGCUCACAGGAAACAGGAACACGUUCAAGGAAGCCGAACUGUUGUUUCAGGAGUGGGAGUUUGCAAACGAUAUCGGCAGGCAGCUACAGCGAGGCCACAUUGAGGUGGCCGAGCAGUUCAGCUCGCUGACUCUGAAGGCCAUUAGCCGUCUCAGCCAGACUUUUGAGAGAGAGUUGCAGGCAAAAUCGGGUGAAUCAGCGGCCGAGAUGACGAAGCGAUACAAAGCUUGCCUCGACUCUGUCCGCGUGCGGCAACGAAUGCUGCAGCGUUUUUCGCGCAUGCUAAGCGACAACUACGAGCAUGCGUCGGACUACAGUAUCUCCUACUCGCCUCAAAAUAUAUCCAAGUUUUUCGACCAACUGGCAGCCACUGGCCAUUUUCGUCUGCAGACUGGUGUUUUUGAAAAGGAUGGCAUUCAUAUUAUAGCGUCCCCAGACUUGCAUGAGAGGCUUGACGAUAUCCAGGAAUUGAUGGCGAUUACAAAGAGGGACACCUUUGAUGAGAAAUCAAGCGUCGGGUAUAUCCUCGUUGUGAGACCCGAGGAGACCUUGAGUUGGUUUGGCGAGGUUAUCAACCUGUCACUGAAGACCCAAGUCAUCGACUUGAAACGCGGCCAGCUUCGUCUUUGCGCAACCAGCUCACAAGCUCUGCCAAACGCCAGGAUCAAAUUUCUGGACGCUGUCGACAUGCAUGUUGAUCUUUUACAAGAAGCGAGAUCCAACAUUCACAAGGUUAACCAAAAACUGACAGACAUUCGGAAAGUCACAUAUAAGCUUUCCAACACAUUCAUGGAUAGUGUCGAAACGAUCCGAAGGCAGGCAGCUGGAAAAGACUGCCAGGAGCUUAUUCAGACCUGCUUCGUGUUUGCAACAGAAUUUGGUCAGCGAUCACUACUCUACAUGGACAGCAAUAGGCGCCAGAUGAAUAAUCUGAAGCUCACCAAGCUCGCACUUGACUGGGUCAGCUUCAUUUGCGACGACUGUAUUGCCUCGGACAGGAAGACUUUCCGUUGGGCAGUGGUUGCGCUGGAACUGGCCAUGGGCAUGACACGUGGACGACACAUUCUCGCACUUGGCGAGAGGGAAUACUCCAUCUUGCGAACCAAAGUGGCUGGUUGCAUGUCAGUACUGAUCUCGCACUUUGACAUUAUGGGCGCGCGUUCGAACUUGGCUGCACAAGCUGAGAGAGAAAGGGUUGAGGCAAUGAUGGGCCAGUUCAAAAAGUUGGACAGCAAGAAGAUGCUUGACGAUGAGGAAGCAGCCAGAUGCAGAGCUCUGCAACGGAUGGAGUUUCUCGACAAAGUUGACGAAAUCCGUCUUGAAAAGGAGGCCGAGCGCCGAUCAUUAGGUCGCGUCCUGGAGGCGAAUAACGAAGCCGACCGGUCGCUGGCCUAUUUAUCGUCGUCGUCUAUGAAUGUGACUAUGCGCUGGCAGCAAGGGCACUUUGUUGGGGGUGGUACUUUUGGUAAUGUCUACGCUGCCAUGAACCUUGAAUCGGGCCAGCUCAUGGCUGUCAAGGAGAUUCGACUACAAGAUCCCAAGCAAAUUCCGACGAUUGCGGAGCAAAUCCGCGAUGAAAUGGGCGUCUUGGAAGUUUUGGACCAUCCCAACGUUGUAGCCUAUCACGGUAUCGAAGUCCAUCGUGACCGUGUCUACAUCUUUAUGGAAUACUGCUCUGGGGGCUCCCUUGCCAACCUGCUCGAGCACGGACGAAUCGAGGACGAGCAGGUCACGACUGUUUAUGCAUUGCAAUUGCUGGAGGGUCUCGUUUAUCUGCAUGAAAGCGGCAUCACCCAUCGCGAUAUUAAGCCAGAGAAUAUUCUGCUUGAUCAUAAUGGCAUCAUCAAGUAUGUCGAUUUCGGCGCUGCCAAGGUCAUUGCCAGACAGGGCCGAACACUGGCCCAGGAUCUGCAUGCAACGAAGCCAAACAAAUCCAUGACAGGCACACCCAUGUACAUGUCGCCGGAAGUAAUCAAAGGAGAAUUAUCCGAGAAUUCCGGAAGGGCGGGAGCUGUGGAUAUCUGGUCACUGGGAUGCGUCAUUUUGGAGAUGGCCACCGGACGACGACCAUGGGCGAACCUUGACAACGAAUGGUCCAUCAUGUACAACAUUGGCCAGGGCAACGCCCCGGCGCUCCCUACCACGGAGUUUCUGAGCCCGCAGGGUCUCGACUUUAUGAAGAAGUGCUUCAUUCGCGACCCGAGCAAGCGAUGGACCGCUGUCGAGCUGCUCCAGCACGAAUGGAUCAUGGCUAUCCGCAGCCAAGUGGUAGAGUCGCCGACGCCCAGCGAGAUGAGCUCGUCGGCCGCGACAACACCCUACUCGAUGCAUCAGUGA